UCGACAGGUAAUUUCUGCUUUGUAUGUGAAAAAAUUAUAUAAUAUACAUUUUUUCCCUAUAUUCAACAGUUUCUCGUUUGGAAAUCUAAUUUGCAUACAUUUGAUGCCAAUAGCUUUCGCAAUAAACAAGCCAGUUCUCAAAGAGUCCAAAUUGAUUUUAGUCAUGCAACAGCUCCACAUAACUCCGCCAUAGACACACCAAGUUGCUGGAGUACCAAAAAUCUGUGAUGACAGUAUUUUAAUUGAUCCACGAUAAUCGGUGGCAUAUGGAAUGCGUGAUGGAAAUUUUGUGGUGCUUGAUAGCCAAUAUACUACAAGAUUACAUUAAGAAGCUAAUAGAGGACAGAGCUGUUGGUGAGGAAGGUGUCGAGUUACUGCAGUACUGCAACUGGGAAAAUCCACAUUUCGCACGUGUCCCACUCGUAUGGAAUAGUAGCUUAUGUCGAAAGGCUGGUUUUAGUAUAAUGCGGCAUUCGCAGCAUACCCUCACUGGAUUAUACUAAAGCUAGCUUCCCGACAUAAACUACUAUUCCAUACGAACACAGAAAUGUAAAUGUAUCUAAAACUGAAUAACUCAAAUCAAAUUGGAUUGCAUUUGCAUAAUAUACCUAAUAUUGGAAUCUGUUUUGAUCGUAAAAAAUACAAAUUGCAAUCAUUUAGAUUAUAGUUUUGAAAGAAAUUGAUUGCAAUCGUAAAUUGUGUAAAAAUUGUUAAUAGCAAUCUGCCUUAAAUUUAUGUUCCCCAUGUAACGGUUAUAAAAUACGUUAAAUCCGCACUAUCUGCAUUAACAAAAAAUAUACAUUGGAAUAUUUAAAAUAAAACGAUUCAUAUUUAUUUUCUAAUAAGAAUUGUUUCUU